CUUCACUUUCCUCCUGCCUAUUUGGUCUCUCCUGCGGCUACAUCACGUGUCACAACAUACUGUACCGCUCGAAGGCAGGUGAUGUAGCCUCUCCCCUCUCAUACCUCAAGCCCAGUACACCUCCCAGUCAAGUGACCGUAGUAUGCGCGGUGACGUCCCUGCCCCGCAGGCAGAGGAUAAACAACGUAUCCCACCUUCUUGAGGGACAACCCGAUGCAUGUGCACAGCCACGGUCGUACCUUCGACAGUCUCUCCCUCUACAUCCCCUCUGGUCUUGUGCUUCCUGUGGCGAUACUGGACGACGGCCCCGUCGACAUUGCAUGCCCCAUAGCGCGUCAAGGUUGCCCCGUCGAAGAACGAGCAGACGACAUGAUGAUAUGAAUCUAGUAUAGACCAAACACAGCAACACCUCUUCCUCCACCUUGGCCACUUACAUUCCUCCCCUGACCCCGGCCCGGGUGACGGCCCACCACCGCCAGCAUGGUGUUGGAGAGCCUUGUGGCGACGCUGCUCAACCGCUUCCUGGGCAUGUAUGUCAAGAACUUCGACCCAAAGCAACUCAAUGUUGGCAUCUUGACAGGCGAUGUGAAGCUCAACAAUUUGAAGCUGAAGCGGGAAGCGCUUGAUCAAUUUCAUCUACCACUCAAUGUUAUCGAAGGCCACAUCUCAAGCCUUGUGCUCAAGAUACCAUGGAGAGCCCUGCGCGCUCAACCCGUACAGAUCCAUAUCGAGGAUGUCUUCCUUCUGGCAGCGCCGAAAGAGGAUCAGGAGUACAACGCAGAGGAAGAAGAGAAGCGAGCACAUGCGGUGAAGAUGGAGAAGCUCGAUUCGGCCGAGCUUCUCAAGGAGCGCAACACAGAAGGCAUGUCGCAAGAGGAACAGAAGAAGCAGCAGAGCUUUACUGCUGCGCUGACAACAACCAUCAUCGACAACGUGCAGAUUCAGGUGAAGAACGUGCAUAUCCGGUAUGAAGAUGCGCUAUCAGAUCCAGGCCAUCCGUUCGCCGCUGGCAUCACCUUGCAGGAGUUGAGCGCAGUCUCCACGGAUGAGAAUUGGAGGCCUACUUGGAUCCAGAGUGCCUCGGAGACCACACACAAGCUUGCUACGCUUGGGGCACUGGCUGUCUACUGGGACACUGACACUGAGCUUAUCGGCGAAGGCACUGGUGCCAAGGAUGCGAAGGAGCAAGGUAUUGACGAGAAAGAAGUGCUCGAUAAAUUCCGUGCCAUGAUCGUCAAGGGUGACAAUCCGGCUGUGAACGAGCAUCAGUACAUCUUGAAGCCUGUCUCAGGCCGAGCCGGUCUCGAGAUGGACAAGACAGGCAAGACCGACCGUGCCAAGAUGAAGGCCCGCUUGCUGUUCAAUGAACUCGGGUUCCUGUUGGACGACCAUCAGUACCGUGACGCCCUCAUGCUUGUAGACCUCUUCCAUUACUUCAUCCGGCAUCAGGAGUACAAGAAGUUGCAGCCGAAGAAGUCGCCAAAGGAGGACCCCAAAGCCUGGCUGCUAUUUGCGGGCAAGGCGGUGCUUGAUCGUAUACACGACAAAAAUCGCCGGUGGAGCUGGGCUUACUUUGCGGAGCGACGAGACGACCGGAAGAAGUAUAUCGCACUUUUCAAGAAGAAGAAACGUGAAGAGAAGCUUACGCCGGAAGAGAACAAGGAGAUCGAUCAGCUUGAGCAGAAGCUUACCUACGAAGACCUUCGCUUCUGGCGCAGCUUGGCGCGAAACGAGCUCCGGAAAGAGGGCCAUGCCAAAAAGCCGCAGCAGCAGCAGCAAAGGACCUGGGGAAGCUACAUUUGGGGGGCUAGCAGCACGCAAAAACCGCAAGACAAGCUCGAGGCUGGCGCUGCAAUGCACUCUGAUGAUAGUCAGAUGAACGAGGAGCAGCGGAAGGAGCUGUACCAUGCCAUCGACUUCGAUGAGAAGAAAAGUCUCACGGAAGCAGUGGAUAUGCCGAAGGAGGCAGUCAAGCUGCAGGUCGACAUGAACCUGAAGACUGGAAGCUUUACCCUUCGGAGAGAUCCGCACGGCAAGAAGACAGACAUGCUGCGAUUGUUGUUCGACGAUUUCAGCACGGAGUUCUUGCAGCGCACGGACUCGAUGCUUGUCAACCUCAGUCUUGGCGGAUUACGGUUGUAUGACGGUUCAACGGAGGGCAAUCUGUUCGAGCAGAUGCUGCGUGUCAAAGAUGCACCGCCUGUUCCAGACUCCGAGCGCGUGAAAGAGCUCGGGCAUGGCGAAAAAGAUGACAAGGCUGAUGACGCAGAAGAAGAGGAGCAGGAUCCAUUCUUCAGCAUGUCGUUUGAGCAGAAUCCGCUCGAUGGCCACGCCGAUUCCGCUGUCAAUCUGAAGCUGAAGGCUAUGGAGAUCAUCUACAAUCCGAAUUUUGUGGUGCAGGUGACCAAGUUCUUCAAGCCACCGGAGCAGCACAUGGAAUCCAUUGGCGCGCUGAUGGAGACGGCUGGCUCGACGGUCGAAGGGCUUAGGCAGCAAACAAGAGCCGGUCUCGAAUACGCGCUGCAGGAGCACAAGACCAUCGAUGUGCAGCUUGAUAUGCAAGCUCCUCUGAUUAUCGUGCCCGACUCUGUCACCAAAAAGAGCAGUAUCUGCUUGAUUCUGGACGCGGGUCACGCUUCAGUCAGGAGCGACCUGAUUGACAAAUCGACGUUGGCAGAUAUUCAGAAUAAGCAGCGGCAGCGUUAUACGGAGCAGGAUCUGCAACACCUCGAGUCACUCAUGUACGACAAAUUUCAGCUUAAGCUUGACAGUACGCAAGUGCUUAUUGGUACAACGGUGGAAGAAACGAAGAAACAGCUCGAUGAAAACGCCAGCAGCAAGGACUUCCACAUCGUUGAACGUAUCAACAUGGACUUUUCCAUCCAGGCAUGCAUCAUCCCGACGGCUGCUGACCUCACCAAAUUCCGGGUCGUAGGGCAUCUGCCGAUAUUGCACGCCAAGUUCAGCGAUGCUAAGUACAAGAGCUUGAUGAAGUUGCUCGAAUUUGCUAUCCCGAAGUUUGACGAUGAGCCAAAAGAAGCAGCGCCCAAGCCGGCCAUGUCCGACGCCGACAAAGCGCGACGUCGGAAGAGCGCCUUGCCCGGCGAAGAAGGCAGGCCAAGGGGCAAGAGCUUCCAGGCUUCCCGCGAUGAGCUGCUUCUCGAUGUGGAGGAGGGCGAGGAAGAAGAGAAGCGCAAACGGGAGGCCGAGGCUGGACCACCAGCCACGAAAGGCGAACCUCAAAAAGCAAGCAAGAAGCAGCCAGAGGUCAAUCCGGAGCAGAGGAACUUUGAGAUCAAAUUUACCGUCGACAAGCUGCAGGGCUCGUUAUACAAAUCUGACCCUGAAGGCAAGGCUGAGGACCAACUGUUGGUGGACCUGAUAGCGGAGACGUUUUAUCUGGAAUUCUACCAGCGAGCCUUCGAUACGGUCGCUGACGUCCGCUUGAAGGCACUACUAGUCGAAGAUCAUAUCGAAGAGUCACCGGAGCCGGAGUUUAAGAAUCUGAUUUCGAGCGAGGAGGCGGACGAUAGUGGCAAGCGGGAUUUGCUCACCAUACACUUCCAGAUGGUACAGCCUCAGCAUCCCGAGUUCAAGUCGAAGUACGAGGGCAUCAAGACGAAUUUGGAUGUCGCAGUAUCCACGAUCAAUCUGAUGGUAACCCGACGGACAUUACUGACAUUGAUGGAUUUCAUCUUGGCAACCUUCGCCGCACCGUCAUCAGAGGCGCCGGCUCAACAAGAAGAGGAGUCUAAGCAAAUUGAGGCCGCAGAGCCGCAGAAGGCACCACAACAGCAACAACAACAGGACAAGAUACGCAUCAAAGCAGAGCUGAGACGCAUCGCUGUUAUAUUGAACAAUGACGGCAUCCGUCUGGCAACGCUUAGCUUGACCUCCGCAUCGGUCAAUGUCUUCCUUGCCGGCAAGACAAUGCAAGUCGGUGCUCGGCUUGGCAAUCUUGGGCUGGUGGACGACAUCAAUCAAGGCGUCUCUGAGGACUCUGCGCUGCGGCAGCUCGUCAGUAUUCAAGGCGAUGAGCUAGCGGACUUCAAGUACGAGACGCAUGACGCAGAGUCGAAGGACUAUCCCGGCUACGACACAACUAUCUUCUUACGAUCUGGCUCCAUCAAGAUUAACUUCGUCACGGAGCCCUUUCGGAAGAUCAUGGAGUUUGGCGUCAAAUUCGGCAAGAUGCAAGCCAUCUUCAACGCCGCGCGUCAAGCUGCUGCAGAUCAAGCGAGUAAAGUGCAGCAGAGCGCCAGUAAGAUGCACUUCGAUGUGGUUAUCAAGACGCCAAUUGUUGCAUUCCCGCGGAUGGUCCUUACCGAGAACCCUCACAGAGAUACGAUGACCGCAUACCUAGGUGAGAUUUACGCAAACAACAAGUUUGUGCCGCUCGAAGAGGGUCAAAAAGAUGGACACACUGCGAAUAAGCUGAGUGCGGGCAUCCGCAACGUGCGCCUUGUCUCAACGUUCAAUUACCCGGAUGAGAAGUCCGAAGAGCUGGAGAUGAUAGACAAGGUCGGCUUAGACUUCAACAUUACGCAGUUGGAUCACCAACCUGGACAGCAAAGACCGGACAUGGAGAUCGAAGGCUCCAUGAGCAACAUCAACCUGCGCAUCACGGAGCAGCAGCUCAAAUUCGUGAUGGAGUUGAGCAAGAAUAUCCCGCAGGCAUUUGCGCUGGAGCCGGAUGAAGAGGUAGAAGAAGAGGUUGAGGAAGACUUACCGGAUGAGAUCGUGAAGCCUGCGAAGGAGGUGCAAGCGAACGGCGAGAAGAACGUCGAGAAGCAGCAGGAGGACGACAAGCCUUCACAUCUCGGACCGGAGCUUGGCCGCGAUCCGGAGACCUGGACCAAGCUCGACCUCAUUUUCAAGGUCGGCGCUCUGGGUCUCGAGCUCGUGUCAGGCCGGCUGGACGAGCCUAUUGGGGAUCUUGAAGCCGCCAGCCUCUCCAAGUUCACACUCAAUGAGACAAGCGUCAAGCUCAAGAUGAUGAGCGAUGGCGGCAUGGAAAGUGAACUGCUCAUUCAAUCGUUUACCAUUACCGAUACGCGGACGAAGGAGAAGAACAAGUUCCGCAAGAUCAUGUCACUGAUUAACUCCGAUGUGAAACAACAGUUCAUGGCUAGCGUGUCCAUCUCUGGCGGCGAGGAAAAGAGUCUGAUCGCUCUGUUGACCGUUGACAGUCCGAGAAUCAUCUUGGCGUUAGACUACCUGUUCGCCGUGCUGAACUUCGUCAACGCUGGGCUCAAGCAAGAUGCCCCGCUUAUGGUUGAGGAAGAGCCCGAAGAGAACGGUGUCGCGGAGCACGAGGAUGAUGCCGAUAACGGUGAACUUGUUCAGCCGAACCAGCGUGCUCAUGGCGAGGCAGAGUCUGAGCAGAAGCAGGAAAGUGGCAUGAGCAUCUCCUAUCGCGUUAAUGUCGUGGACGCGCAAGUCAUGCUCAUUGCCAAUCCGGCCCUCAGCAGCUCAGAAGCCAUCGUGCUGGGGACGAAGCAAGUGCUUGUCUCGCAGCAGCAUGCUAUGACUCUCCAGGUCGAGAAGGUCGGCAUGUUCUUGUGCCGCAUGGAUCAAUUCGAGACGACGAAACUGCGGAUACUGGACGACUUCAGCAUACAGACCUCGCUUGACAUGAGGUCGCAGGCGAAAGACUCCUCCCUAAUGAGCAUUCAUGUCGAUAUCGAGCCUUUGGUCCUUCGCUUGUCGCUCCGUGAUAUCAUGCUGGCUAUGCAGAUCUUCCAGCGUGCUUCGGCUAUGCAAGGCAACCAAGACAAGAAGAUGGACGAAGAAGGUCCGAAGAAGCUUGCGCAGGUGAAGGCUGACCAACAGAAUAAGUCGAAGACUGUGAAGUCGGCUAAGAAGACGGCGGCUUCGGCUUCGCAAAAGCCGCAAGCCAAGACGAUCAGCACGAAGAAGUCGACUACCAAGCAGCAGCCGGAAGAGAAGGCGCAAGGUUCGGCCGUGCUCAAGCGCGAAGAGAUGAAGAUUCAGAUGGACGGCAUCCGUGUCGUUCUCAUUGGCGACCUGCAUGAGUUGCCGAUGCUUGACUGGAGUGUCAAGGCAUUUGCGGUUGACGUCAAAGACUGGACUGGCGAUAUGACGGCAGAUACUAGCGUUGACACGUACUUCAACGUGUACAAUUUUUCCAAGUCUGCAUGGGAGCCAUUGAUCGAACCGUGGUCACUGGGCUUUCACAUGGCGAAGGAGGCUACUGGCAUGGCGGUCGAGCUAUACUCACGGAAGAUGCUGGAGUUGAGCAUAACCUCUGCUACAAUUGCGCUGGCUUCCAAAUCGGCGCAGUUCUUGUCCUCGGACGAGGAUGUGCUUUCUAAACCUCGUGGCAACGAUGCACCGUACCACAUACGCAACUACACCGGCUUUGAAGUUGAUGUCUGGUCUAGCGGCGAGGCUCAAAGCGAUGACGAAGGUCAAGCGGUGAAGCUGCAGGAUGGCGAUGAACAGCCAUGGCGAUUCGAGGAUCCGACGACAACGCGCGAGACUUUGUCGCCUGAAGGCCAGACCGGCCUUAUCGGUGUGAGACUACAGGGUAGCGGUUUCGAUAGCAUCGAGCGCAUCCCAGUGAAUCGCGAAGGCGAGGAUCUGUUCAAUCUGAAGCCGAGGAAAGACAAGGUGCAGCAUCGCAUGCUGGUCGAAGUCAAGCUUGGCACGGAUAAUGUCAAGUACAUUACCCUACGCUCGCCCCUGCUGGUCGAGAAUCACACCCAGAUUCCGGUCGAGCUUGGGGUCUACAGUCCAGAGGAAGGACAUCUGCUCAAGAUCGAGAAGAUACCGCCAGGCGAAUCACGGCCUGCCCCAGUCGGCGCGGCGUUCAUGCACUCACUUGUUGUGCGUCCUGAUCAAGGCUUCGGCUAUACUUGGUCCAGUGAGCGGCUCUUCUGGAAAGAGUUGCUGAAGCGGCCGGUCAGAACGCUCAGCUGUGCUGGAGAACAGGAUCAGCAGGGGCCACCGUUCUACUUCCAGAUGCAGGCUGCUUUCGACAAGAACAACCCGCUCACGGCUGUCUACCCGUAUAUGCGGAUCCGUCUAUCCGCACCGGUCGAGGUACAAAACCUCCUGCCGUUCGACUUCAAGUACCGUAUCUACGACAAAAAUACGAAGAAAGACUGGACCAACUUCUUACGCAAGGGAGGCGUAAGCCCAGUACAUGUGGUUGAGCUCUCGCAUCUGCUGUUGAUCAGUGUCGACAUGCAAGAUACGCCUUUCAAGGCAAGCGAGUUCGCGAUCAUUAACACGAACAAUGAGAAUGAUUUUCGGCGUGAGAAAACAUUGCUGGUCAAGGACAGCAACGGCCUGGAGCUGCGCCUGAAGCUUCACUACUACAACGUCCCCGACAGCGGUGGCGCGUUCAAGAUCACCAUCUACGCCCCGUACGUGAUCCUCAAUCGAACGGGCCUUGAGCUUGACAUUCGCAGCAAAGCAUACUUCAGCUCUAGCAAGUCUGCUGCGGGUCAACAAGCCUUCGCAGAUACUGAGGACGAGGCUCGCACGGCCAAGCCGUUCAUGUUCUCACAUCCUACGGAUGACCGCAGAAACAGAGCAGUGAUUAAGCUCGGCGACUCUAGCUGGAGUCAGCCCGUCAGCUUCGACGCCAUCGGCGCGAAUGUUGACGUAAAGCUGCCCGCGCAGUCUGGGCGUGCAGAGAUGCAUGCGGGUCUGAACGUGAUGGAGGGUGAGGGCAAGUACAAGCUGACAAAGGUCGUCACCAUCACUCCUCGCUUCGUUGUCAAGAACAGGAUCUCCGAGGACAUCCAGAUCCGCGAGCCUGGAUCGUCCGAUGCAUUCACCAUCAAGCCUGGCGAAUUGCAUCCGCUUCGCUUCCUGAAGCAGUCGACCGGUCAGCAGCUGAGUCUGUGCUUUCCAGGCGUCAAUAAUUCCUGGUCUUCGCCCUUCGACAUUGCCAACGUAGGAAGUGUCCACGUCAAACUUGCCAAAUCCGGCGAAAGGCAGAAAUUGAUUCGUGUCGAGAUUCUCAUGGAAGCGGCGACUAUCUACUUACACUUGAGUAUAGAGACGAAACACUGGCCAUUCUCAAUCCGUAACGAGAGCGACCAAGAAUAUCUGUUUUGGCAGGCCAACCCCAACGUGGACGAAGAUGAAGAGGAUCGCUCCUCAGGCUGGAAACCGAUCCGCUACCGCUUGCCACCGCGGAGCAUCAUGCCGUACGCGUGGGACUACCCAGCGACGAAGAACAAGAACUUGGUAUUGAGCGCUGGUGGCAAAGAGCGACACGUCAAGCUUGCUGAGAUUGGCAACCUAAUACCUAUGCGCAUCCCUACUGGACCGAACCAGCAGCGGCAGAAGAUCAUUGAUCUCAACGUGGUCGCUGAUGGUCCUACGCAGACGCUGGUGCUAUCCAACUACAAGGCCUCCACAAGCUUGUACAAGCAGAAGUCAGCCGCAGCAAGCCAGUCGACAACGGCCGGCUUCGAAGUGAAGGAGAUGGAUACGGAUGUAACGAUGCGUGCUGCAAUCCGCUUCGCCGGCAUCGGUAUUUCGCUUAUCAACGCCCAGCUGCGUGAGCUGGUCUAUGUGACCUGGCGGGAGAUCGAGCUGAAGUACACGGAGUCACCGCUGUACCAAACAGUCACACUCACCGUGAAGUGGAUCCAGAUCGACAACCAGCUAUAUGGCGGUGUCUUCCCACUCAUCUUCUACCCCAGCGUUGUGCCCAAGACCGGCAAGGAGAUGGACGCUCAUCCAAUCUUCCGCACGUCGGUUACACGAGUCAAGGAUGACUCCUAUGGCGUGCUGUACAUCAAGUACUUCACCUUCUUGAUGCAGCAGAUGACCAUCGAAAUUGAUGAAGAUUUCAUCUUCGCCGUACUUGACUUCACCAAGAUCCCUGGUGCUUCCUGGACGGAGGAGAAGGAGGGUAAGCUGGCGCCAGACAGCCUUGACUUACCUGAACCGCAACAAGAGCAAUCAGGCCAGGAUAUCUACUUCGAGUUGUUACAGCUGCAACCGAUGCAGUUCGACCUGUCAUUCGUGCGGACCGAGCGCAUCAACGCCGAAGAUACUGGCAGCUCUUCAAGCAACCCUUUCAUGUUCGUGGUCAACGUCCUAACCAUGUCGAUCGGCAACGUCAACGAUGCGCCGAUCCGAUACAAUGCUCUCAUGCUUGAGAACGCUCGACUGUCUGUUGGCGCGCUCAUUUCAAACGUCCAAAGUCACUACGUUCAAGAGUCAUUGCGGCAAGUCCACAUCGUUAUUGGCUCGGCCGACUUCCUUGGCAACCCUGUUGGCCUGUUCAACAACAUCAGCUCCGGUGUUGCAGACAUCUUCUACGAGCCGUACCAGGGACUUGUUACUGAUCGGCCGCAAGACCUUGGCAUCGGCAUCGCCAAAGGAGCUAGCAGCUUCGUCAAGAAGAGUGUCUUCGGUCUUUCGGACAGUGUGUCGAGGUUCACGGGCAGCAUCAGCAAAGGCUUGGCUGCCGCCAGCAUGGACAAGGAGUUCCAAGAUCAGCGUCGGAUGGCGCGCUCGCGCAACAGGCCGAAGCAUGCGCUUUAUGGCAUCACCUCGGGCGGCAACGCCUUCGCAAGCAGCUUGGCCAGUGGCAUCGGCGGCCUCGCUCGGCAGCCAAUGCAGGGGGCAGAGAAGGAGGGGGCUGCGGGCUUCGUCAAGGGCGUCGGCAAAGGCUUACUUGGCUUGGCCACGAAACCCGCCAUCGGCGCGUUUGACCUGGCGAGCAACAUGGCUGAAGGCGUCAAGAACACCACAACCGUCUUCGAUCAGGAAGGGCUUGACCGUGUGCGACUACCACGCUUCAUCGGAAUCGAUGGCGUGGUACGACCGUACACCCAGCGUGAAGCGCUCGGGCAGUUCUGGCUCAAGACAGCCGACAACGGCAAGUACUUCGACGAGAGGUAUAUUGCCCACCUCGAGCUCAACUCAGGCUCGCAAGGCGAUAAGCAGUCGAACGGGCGCGCACAGUCGAAUCAGAGCGAGGCUUCCAUGCUGGUCAUGGUCACGUACAACGCCAUCAUGCUGUUGCGGGCUAGGAAGCUGACUACGGAAUGGGAGGUGCCGCUGAAGGACGUUCAGACCAUCAGCAAGGAGCGGACGGGUAUGAGCAUCAUCCUGAAGGGUGGCACUAAUGGACCCUUCAUCCCGAUUGCGGAUGAGACGAGUAGGAAUUGGUUGUACAAGCAAGUGGCGAUCGCCGUGAACGCCUAUAACGAUAAAUGGAACGCAAAGGGUUAGAUUGUGCUCGGGAGAAUUUGCAUUUGGGGCGUGCGUGGAUACCAUAGCAUCGGCGGCAUUAAGCGAUAUGAUUCAAGCAGACGUGUGAUGAUAAUGACUAGAAUAUUUCUUAGAACACGUAUAAUGCAGUACCGCCUUCAUAUUCUACCUUUGUCGCUGCUUUUCUCUUCAGACAGUAUCUUAGUGCACUGCUUGUCCGCUUGCUAGAUGCUGCAAGCCCAUCUUGAUCGUGCCGACUGUCGAGUUGUUGCAUUCAUUGUUUUCCAGAUAAGACCUUCUCCGAUGAUGCAGUCCGCUUUCGACAGCACCACGGUAGUAACAACACAGCACAUCGAGCUCUCCCGC